GGACGGAGCGAGCGCCCGGCAGCGCCGCGAUGCUGCCCGCGGGCGGCGGCUACGCCGUGAAGAGGAGGAAGAAGCCGGUGCAGAAAAGCCCCAAGCUGCCACCUCCUGAAGGUGUGAAGUCUAACCCAUCCAAGCGGCAUCGGGACCGCCUUAACCAAGAACUGAACAAACUGACCAGCUUGCUGCCCUUCCCUGAGGAUGUUCAGGCAAGGCUGGAUAAACUCUCCAUCCUUCGUCUCAUUGUGGGGUACCUGAAGGUGAAAAGCUAUUUUGUGGCCACUGCAAAGAACAAUGGCAGCUCCGUGACUGAGCAGACUGGGGCACCAGGCGGAACUGGACAGACUAAUCUGCAGAUCAGUGGAGAAGCAUUCUCUGAAGGGGACCUGCUCCUUCAGGCUCUCAAUGGAUUUGUCAUCUCUGUCACUGCAGACGGUUACAUCUUCUACAUCUCCCCUACAGUGCAGGACUACUUGGGAUUUCAUCAGUCUGAUCUCAUCUACCAAAGCGUGUAUGAGCUGAUCCACACUGACGAUAGAGCCAUGUUCCGGUGCCAGCUGCAUUGGGCCUUAAAUCCACCGGCAUCCAGUGAACCAGACCAAAGCACAGAUGCUAUGCCUAUGAGCCAGACCUUUGUAAACAGCAACACUGCCACAUAUGAUCCCCAGCACCUGCCUCCUGAAAAUUCCUCCUUCUUGGAGAGAAGCUUCAUCUGUCGGUUCCGCUGCUUAUUGGACAACUCCUCAGGAUUCCUGGCUUUGAAUUUUCAGGGUCGCUUGAAAUUCCUUCAUGGGCAGCAAAAGAGAGCUGCAGAUGGGUCCCUCAUGCCUCCUCAGCUGGCUCUGUUUGCCAUUGCAACUCCUCUCCAGCCUCUCUCAAUCCUGGAGCUUCGAACCAAGACAUUUAUCUUCCAGACUAAACACAAGCUGGACUUUACUCCCACUGCCUGUGAUUCAAGAGGAAAGGUGGUGCUAGGGUACACAGAAACCGAACUCUGUAUGAGAGGCUCUGGGUACCAGUUUGUCCAUGCAGCAGACAUGAUGUACUGCGCAGAAAAUCAUGUGAGAAUGAUGAAAACCGGAGAAAGUGGAAUAACUGUCUUUAGGCUACUGACUAAGAAAGCAGGCUGGGUCUGGGUCCAGGCAAAUGCAAGGCUGGUGUAUAAAGGGGGUCGUCCAGACUGCAUCAUUGCCAGACAGCGGGCCCUGUCAAAUGAAGAAGGAGAGGAGCAUUUGCACAAGCGGAGUCUGCAGCUGCCUUUUAGCUUUGCCACAGGGGAAGCAGUCCUGUAUGAGAAUAACCUUCCAGGAUUCCUGGACUCUUUCCAAGCAAAGACGGGGUCAAAGACAAAGAAAGAUGCCCUCAUGGAACAGGACUCAAUAGAUCCCAACUCUCUUCUAGGAGCCAUGAUGAAACAAGAUGAAUCCGUGUAUGUCUCCCAUGCCAAUAAUGUGCCACAACUCUCCUUGGCAGAUAUCCUUGAUGUGGUAGAAGAGCCAUGCCAGAAUGAAAGAAAUGUGGGAGACAUCAAAGAAGAAAAUAACCCAUUCCUGGUCAUCAUUGAAACUCUCUUUGAGAAGAACAACAGUGAUAGUAACAUUUGCCAAACUCUGCAGAACCUGGAUGUAGAUGACCUGCAAUUACAGCACUGGGAAGAAACCUUGCUCAGCAUGGAUGUUGAUGAGCCAGUGGCCCAGGACUUCCAUAAGUAUCUGGGUGAUGAGGUGGCAUCCUAUGUGGAGGAGAUGCUGUAUAAGAAGGAUAAUGGAAAGAAUAUGGACUUCCCACAGUGCAGUGCGACUGCUUCAUCUCAGGCCAUUAUUCAGCAAAUUCCGCUGCAACAAAUUCAACAAAGUUCUCAGCUAAGCACACUUCAGACUCCGCUCAGAAGUAAUGUGAAAUGCAGUGAGCAAAACACUCCUCCAGGGUAUCUCCAGCACUGCUGGGGGACUGAACCAUCAAUUUCUGCCUUACCUGUAUUCCAGAAUCCAAUGCAGUUCUUACCACAAAACACACUGGGCUCCGACCCUCAGGUUCCUGUAGUUGCUGCUACACCCAAAAAUUUAUUUUCUAGGCCAAAAAAACAAACACCAUUUGACCAACCAGAUUUGCUCAGAGGGAAUAUUUCUGACCCCUUGGGUUCCAUUACCCAGCCAACUGUUGGAGUUAAUGAAAUAAAUCCUGUACAGGUAUUUCAGCGAAAGGGUGCUGUUCCAGUUCCCUUGAAAAAUCUCAUUCCUAAAAAUCAGAUGCAGCUGGACUCCAAUCUGAUUGGCUCAAAUCAUGCCAUUCCCUUAAAAGUGAACCAACAAGACAGGCAGCAGCAUGACCUGCUGGUGUCAAUGAACUCAGUCAUUGGCUUCCAUCAGGAUAAUUCUCCAGGAAGUCACCCUUCAGAUAUUUGGAAGUCCCCUGUUCAGAACCAGGUGCGAAUCAACCCGGUGCAGAUGGAGCCACAAGCUCUACUGGCAGACGGCCAGCAGAAUGUGUUUGGAUCACGAGUCACCAAUCCAUGGAUGUCAUCAUCACAGACCACCCAUUACACAGGUCAGGGUGUGCAGGGAUUUGGUGUAACACAGCAUAAUGCAAUAUCUGCUUCUCUUCUGCAAAAAUCGAGUCCAGUAGAGUCUGAGCAGUUGUAUGGAAGCCAUUCCUUUCCAAAACAGGCAGCUUCACACAAACCUCACCCAAUACCAAACUUUUACAAUAAGGAGCAACGACAGAUUCUUCAGACUGAACAGUUGUUAACAGAGCAACAACAGCUAUUGCAAGGAGAGCUACACCACCAGGUGCACUGCAGGCCAGCCCAGAUGCAAGACAAUGGAUUUCCGCUGAUUAGCUGCUUGGAAUCAAAAAUCCAGUCUCACUCUCAGGUGGGAAUGCAGCAAAUGGACGGUGUUCUUGAAGCUUCACUGAAGUUGUCGUCAAAUAGCACCUUACCUAGCAGUGUUGUGCAGUCUCCAUGGGAAUAUGCAAGUAGUGAGCCACCCUUUGAAAAUGAUGCUGAAUUGGCUAAAGCAGCUCAUACCACAUGCCUUCUGCAGCAACCAAAUACUGCACCCUGCCAUGCUGGAAGCAACCCAGAAGCACUGUGUUAUUACCAAAGGCCUACAGAAACUGUUUUGGGUUCCUUGAUAACUUCUCCCUUGGUAGUUGGUUUGAGAGCAAAUUCCUACCCACGUGAACCAAAUUUGCCUCCCGUGUCAAUAACAGAAGGACAAUUAAAUGGGCAGCAGCAACUUUUCACUUGCAAUAUUCAGUUCAAGUGUCACCAGAAUGAAGAGAGUCCUCCCAUGGAAUUCACCCCUGCAGUUGCAAAGGACAGCAUGUUUUUCCCAAAACACUGAGAGAGGAUGAAGCAAUAGAGAAAGAUGACUUCGGACAGAUGUGGCCUUAAAAAUGUUGUCCUUGCCAUUUGCAAGACAUUAACUUUCAUGUAAAUAUUUCAGUAUUUUUUAUAAUUAUUUCUAUUGGUGUUGUGCUUUCUGUGUGAACAAAUACAUAUUUCUAAGACUCUCUUCUGUGGAUGCCAAAGAGAUGCACUUGAAUGUUAAUUACACUUAUGCAUUUUGUGCAAAAGAGUCUAAGUCUCUCUAAUGCUGCCCUCUGCUCACCCUUCUGAAUAAAACCAGUGAGAAUUAAGAACCAGUACUCGGAUUAAGUACUAAUGCAACCAACUGACAAUGCUGGAACAAGUCUUUGGAGUUGUAGUAAGUUUUCCAGGACAGGCAAUUAUGAAAACAGUGGAGGCAUGUCAGAAAAAUACCUGAGCUGGUGCGAUAGGAAUUAACUUGGGCAGCUGUGUGGUCUUAUGCUUGAACUCUGAUGUACAGAGUUCUAAUGUAAUGAGGCAAGGGUAUGGUAUGAACAGCAAGGUAAGAAUUAUUUGUGCUUUACCUCUGGUCCAUUUGGAAGACAUGUUUGGUACCACCUGGAUAUGGAGUGCAGGCACUUUGAGUCCAGUCUGUGCCUCUGAAGUUUACCACUCAAGUUAGUGAUCACAAAUGACAAAAGGACUGAUAUCAACCCAACACUUCUAAGAGAGAUGGUACCUACCUGUAUCAUACUGACUUAUUUAACUUAUAUAUUGGGCAUAAAGCAGUAACCCUACAAGUAAGAAGGGCCAAGGCAUAUGGCAACUUGUCUUUUGUAUUUUUUUGCUUUUCUAUCAAAAGCCACAGGUGUCUAGCAGUAGAAUGGGUCAAUGGCUGUCAGACAUUCUGAACCAACAGACCUUUGUCAACCAAUAAAACUUCUCAUGAAUUGCGAUGCACCCUUAACAUCAAACUCAUCAGGGGAAAGGGAGAAGGAACAGGCUGGUGCGAUCUGGGAAUUAUAUACCAUGGCCUCAUGUACCACAGUUUGGGAACCACUGCAGUAACUGGCUGACGUAUUCUGUGCAAUUGCAGUGACUUCUGUGCAGAUGCACAAGGCAUAGCUUAGCACAAAAUUUGGUCCAAUGUACAUGUAAAAAACACAGGAUGAAAGUCUUCCUCUUCAAAUAGGAGAAUCCAGCAGAAGAAUAACUGGGAGGAUUUAGCCUGACAUCUAUUUCCUAUUGUGUAUCAUCAUAUCUAAUUUGUUACAGUGGUGGGCUGGUGCCAGAUUCUUAAAUCUGAUCAAAAUAAUGGUUGACUUAGGGCAUGUUUGCACUACCAAAGUGGUGAGUCUAGAACUGUCUCUAUUUGGUUGCUCGCUCUGGCUUAGCACAUGCCAAAACAUAAGAAUUAGAUAGUGUAGCAGGUUUAGCAAGUCCUUGAUCACAUGCCCAGGUUCUCCAUUUUGCACAUACUUUUUGGCAUUUGCUCAGGCCCAUUCUAAGCCACCUAUAUCCCAAAUUUCCAGCCUUUGAUGAUUGCUGACCAGGAGCAAAUGAGUGUGAUGUCCUUCUCAGUACCACUUCUCAGCUUGCCAUAGAAGCAGCAGUGUAGCUGUGUCCUUAGAGAUAUUGCUGUAAGUAGCAGCUUCAAAGCCCAACCUAUUGAUUCAGUAUACAUAUAGAAUUUGUAAUGUUAUUGUGUCAUAUAGAAUGAUCAGUGUAGCAAUGUGCCACUACAUGGCAAAAGACCUUUGUAUAUGUUUCUGCACUUGAUAGUUGUCUAUCCCUAAUUGCCUAUAGGAUAUUUGGUUAUGUGGCCUUAGCCCUUACAUGGGCACUCUGAGGGGGGGG